AUGGUCAAAGAAGGUAUGUUGUUUGUCAAUGUUUACGCUUCACAUGAUCCUAAUGAAAAAAAGAUCCUUUGGAACAAGCUACAUGAUCUUAUUACUUCUGAUCUUGAAUAUAUGUGGUUUGUGUUUGGUGAUUUUAUUGUUGUCCGUUUUCCUGAAGAAAGGCUUGGGUCUGUUUUCUGCCCACAUGGAGCAUACUUCUUCGGUAAGUUCAUUUACUUUGCUGGUCUGUUGGAAAUUAAGAUGGAUGGUCGUCGCUUUACAUAUAUGAGUUCAAAGGGAGAUAAACACAACAAGUUGGACAUAUAUCUAGUCUCCACAAAUGUUAAUGAUACUUGGCCACAUCUAAAUGUUAUCGCCUUGCCACAAGUUCACUCAGACCAUUGUGCUAUAGUUCUCUCUCCGAAUUAG